UGCAGUAGUAGUGUCACUUCUGUAGCAAAGCACGCGCCCGCCGCCGCCGACAAAAACAAAACACAUGCGUACACAGACACAACACACAAUAUUAUACAGAAAGAGACACACCGUGAAGUUUUUUCAUAUUAUUAUUAUUACUAUUCUAUUCGUUAUCCGAAACGAAAUUAACGUAGAACAUAAAUAUUGUUAUUUUGACGGGUUAUCUAUUCAUUUGUAAACCCGAUGAGACGCGCCGCCUCGCGAUAUUCCGACAAUUCAACGGGUGUUUUCAUAAUAGUUAUAUAACACGAUCGUUUUUCUUACGUUAUUUUCCUUGAUUUUCGUUUGGUGAUAGUAGUAGUAUCACUGUCCGUCUCGCAUAUUAUAUUAUUAUACAUAAUUUAUAUUAUAUUAUAUCAAUUCCUCGUAUUUAUAAACGACCGUUUAGCAGAGAGUCGUUGACGCCAUGAUAAGAGUGCGGAAAAAGUACGGUCGAACCGCCGAGUGCGGCUGAUCGAUGUACCGCCGUAUUGGCGUCCACUUACACUUGACGCAAACAAUAACGACAACGACGUCGAUCAACAGUUGUAUAGCGAUCGCAAGCAGAACAAUCGUAGGACCGCGGACAACGGUGAUCUUUCCGGACGCCGCAGCAGCUGCAUCGUCCGUUGGCGGUUGUCGCUGUCGUUGGUCGUGGUACGUUGGCGCGACCGACACCGCAAGUACAACCACGGCCGCCGGCUGCAAACUGACCGGCUGCGGUUGCUGUUACUUACCGGCGAUCUGUUGUGUGGCCGCCGUGAUCGCGUCGCUGUCGCUCAUGCGUUCCCGCGCGGUCGCGUUCACCGACAUAAACGCGACGGCCAACCUUGUCCAGCAAUCUUUUGCCGCCGGCUAUGACGUUGACGUCCGCGAAGACGUGGUCGCCGCCGCCGCCGUCGACGCGGUAGCCAACGCGACCGACACGUUGCGACCUCCGUCGCAGACGCCGCCGACACCUCCUCUUCCAUCUCCUCCUCCUCGGCACCGUCACCAUCAGACGCCACCACCACCACUGCCGCCGCCGCCGCCGGUCGUCAACCAGACAACCGCCGCCGCCGACAACAACCGGGUCGAUCAUCAAACACAGUCUUUUGGAACGGUGAUGGUACUGAUGGUGGUGACGGUGGCCGUGCUGGGUACUGUCGGGCUGCUCACCUGCGUGCUGCACCAUUACAAUCAACAAUACAAUCCCGCCGUUCACUGUCUGUCGUCCGGGCCGCAUCAGAGGCUUUCGACGCCGCCGCCGCAGUUGACGUUGACUUUAUCGUCGACCACGCCGUCGACGCCUCCAGCUUUCAGCGCCACAUCUUCCCAAGCCAUGUUGACAAUGCGAAGCAACAACGGUCUGACCCGAGAACACGACCGGCAGGUCCGGUUGCACUCGGUCCGGACCGACCUGGAGUUGGACUUACCACCCCGGAUCCAUUUGCCGGACGGCGAAGAGUACCCGUAUGGUAGCAUGGCCAAGUUGCAUCUGCGAAACUCCGAACAGGAACGAGAAAUUUACCAAAAGUGUAUCAGGGGACCACCUAACCGGACGAUAUGGCCGUCGGCUUCGGAUUGCAGUGGCAAACUGUCACAGCAGCCCCAUCGGUCCAGUUCGACGUCCGGUCUGACGUUAUCAGGGUCUUCUUCCGAGAUGGAUUCCGUACUACGGUGCAAUAGCAUGACCUCCAGGUGUUUGUCGAAGGCUACCAUGGGAUUUCCUUCAGCCGUGGACGACAUCCAAAGCCUGUCUAGUCUGACCAUGGUGCCGUGUCUAAGUCACGUGGACAAACAGCAAACGAUGAGCCAAUAGUCGCUUGCUGCUAUCCAUUGCCACAGCCCAAAGCCCAAAGCCACGUGCAAAGUACUGAACGAUAUCAUUUUUAUGGGGAAAAAAAGAAAAGAAAACGUGGACAAAACAAGCUUUCCGACGACCCAAUGUCGUCGCCAAGGCGGUGCCAUUAUAUGUAUCAUCAACAUUUAUAGUAUAACGGUAUCCUCUUUUGAACUCACAAAGGCCCGCCGCGCACUUGUGUUAUUAUAAUAAUAAUACCUAAUAAUAAUGUACCGACGUGAGACAUUUUAUAAGACUUUUUUUGUAUGGGGGUUUUGAUUUCAGUUUUUUUUUUGUUUUGCGGGGACUUUAUGUCGAUAAUCGGACACACGCGAUCGAGACGGUACACGAGCGAAUAUAUUUUUAAUUAUAAUAAUAUAUUAAUCGUGUGUAUAUUUUGAUAAUCCGCGUAAUUAUGUGAUAAAAAAAACAAUACUAUUAUUAAUAUUGUAAUACACGCAAUAAGUUUGUAACAGAUUUAAUAUCUUACGUGUAUUAACUGCAUUUUUAUACACAUACUUAUAUACAAUAUAUACAUAUAUAGUGAUAAUACUGAUAUAGCUAAUUGGAAUCAAUUUUUUUUUCUUUUUAUUUAUUGUAAUUUUUCGCGUAUAUUAGAUUUAUAACGAUUUUUUUUUUUACCACUAUUAUUUGUGUAACUAUAAUGAUAAUAAAUAAUAAUAGUUUAUGAUCUUACCGUAAUGUUGCUUUCGGUUUGGAAACGAAACAAAGACUCUCUGGUCUUUGUCUGGUCGGUCGAGUACACGUUUUUAGUCGUUUCUGUUUUAUCGAUUGUGGACGAAUAGUGUUGCCGGUGUUGGUGCUGUUGCCUAUAUUGUACUCCUGACACUGAUUUUUUACCGACUGUAUGUAUAAUUGAGGUGAACUUGUAAAAAACUACUCUAUAAUUAUUAUGGCAAUACGUCAUGAUUUAACUUAUGUGUUAAUGGUGUAUGGACUUUUUUUAUUAUCACUACUUACAAUCCUUACUGAUCUUACGCGGAUCCGAUUGUAAACGAAUAAUAAUAAUUAUAUAAUAAUAUUCUUACCCCGAGGCAACAGUGCGUGUCUCCGUUUAUCCUCGGUGUCUUAUUGUAAAGGCUAAUAAGAUCGGCGGUAUACUAUACUAAUAUUAAUAGCAAUUAUUGUAUUUCUAUGAUUUUUUUUAUUCUUUUAUCGUUUUCGAUCGACCAGAUAGACUAUUAUUAUGUUGUAUUACUAUUGUUAUUAUUAUUAUAGCUACACAAUUAUGUUUAUAAUGUUCAUUUUUUUAAAUUAUUAUUAUUAUCAUCAUUAUUAUUAUUCUAAAUGAAAUAGUGUCUAGUCAUUUCGUUAACACUUUAUUUAGCAAAUUGUUUUGUUGUUUCUAUCGACCGGAUUUGUGUAAAAAUACAAAAUAUUGAUUUUUGCCGGGAUCGACAAACACGGUACUCAUAGCCGUUCAUUAUACAUUAUUUAUUAUUACUACUGUAAGUUAUUAUUAUUAUUAUUAAUAUUAUUUUCAAUCGACGUCGUUUGAUCAAUAUUACAAUCAUUCGGUUUAGUCAAUGGCGGUUAUUUAUCAAAAAUAGAUAAUAUAAUAUUUUGAUUGUAAAACAAAUUUUCCAUCAACGGUGGCAAAACAGCGAAAUGACAUAAAAAAAUUUUUUUUACAAAAAUGUCUCAAUUUCGUAUAGGUCAUUAAUGGAAAAUGGUUGAGUGAUAAGGGAGAACCACGUUAAGUAUAGUAUAAUUUAUAAAAAAAAAAACCAAA